GCGGGCGCGCGCAGGCGCGGGGCGGGGCGGGCGCGCGGCGCUGAUGCAAGAGCCGAGCACGGACUGACCCCGCGGCACCGAGCGACCCCGGCCCCUCCGGCCCGCGGCCCCCGCCGCAGACAUGUCCGGCGACGAGAUGAUUUUCGAUCCUACUAUGAGCAAGAAGAAGAAGAAAAAGAAGAAGCCGUUCAUGCUGGAUGAGGAAGGAGGAGGAGACACACAGGCAGAAGAGACUCAGCAGUCAGAAACAAAGGAAGUUGAACCAGAGCCAACAGAAGACAAAGAUGUUGAAGCAGAUGAAGAAGACAGCAGGAAGAAAGAUACAACAGAUGACUUGGAUGAUUUAAACUUCUUCAAUCAAAAGAAAAAGAAGAAAAAAACAAAAAAGAUAUUUGAUAUAGAUGAAGCAGAAGAAGGUGUAAAGGAAUUGAAAAUUGAAGGAGAUGUGCCAGAGACAGUAGAACCUGAAGAUGACCUUGAUAUCAUGCUGGGCAAUAAAAAGAAGAAAAAGAAGAAUGUGAAGUUUCCAGAUGAAGAUGAGAUAAUGGAGAAGGAUGAAGCAUUUGAGGAUGAAGAUAGCAAAAAAGAUGAUGGAAUUUCUUUUAGCCUUCAGUCAGGACCUGCGUGGGCAGGCUCAGAAAGGGACUACACAUAUGAUGAGUUGCUCAACAGAGUUUUUAACAUCAUGCGGGAGAAGAACCCGGACAUGGUGGCUGGAGAGAAGCGGAAAUUUGUCAUGAAGCCCCCGCAGGUUGUGAGAGUAGGGACCAAGAAAACGUCUUUUGUCAACUUCACAGAUAUCUGCAAAUUAUUACAUCGUCAGCCAAAACAUCUCCUGGCAUUUUUGUUGGCAGAAUUGGGUACAAGUGGUUCAAUAGAUGGUAACAACCAACUGGUAAUCAAAGGAAGAUUCCAGCAAAAACAGAUAGAAAAUGUCUUGAGAAGAUAUAUCAAGGAAUAUGUCACCUGCCACACGUGCCGCUCCCCCGACACCAUCCUGCAGAAGGACACGCGGUUAUACUUCCUGCAGUGCGAGACCUGCCACUCCCGCUGCUCCGUGGCCAGCAUCAAAACCGGCUUCCAGGCUGUCACAGGCAAGAGAGCACAGCUCCGUGCCAAAGCUAACUAGCUUUGCUAACCAACACUGCAGUUGGCAAAGUGUUCUGGGGAGAUGGGACUGGACAGGUUUGCCAUCGGAGUGGAUUUACCAUUGUAUUAAAGCGAGGUUGUAAAAACCACAAGAAAUUUGGCUUUUGAUUGAUUGGUCUGUGAAAUCCUUGCAAGAUGCAGAUCCUCAAGCUGUUCACAUACAUUUGCUCAUUGAAUAUAUUUUACCAACUGUAAGGAGCGUGGUGGUAAAGGAGGUGCUUUUUAAUCCGUUCAGACUUCUGUAAAAGACGAGAUAAAUUAAAGAUACUAUAACAGUGA